AUGGCAGGUGAAAAUGUCUCGAAGAAUAUUGACACGUACGAGUCGGAUCCCACCGCCUACUAUGUCGGCUACAAGGAUGCAGACUACGACAAGCCAUUCGCCAAGUAUUUCAAUUUCAACGUCAGUCCAAUCAGUGAUGAACUGCAGAAGGGCAUAGUCAGCAGUCCUUGGGCGAGUGCUCUUGGCUACGAAGCAAGUGAGGCGCACGACUUUCUUCUCCGCCCAGGGUACUUGCCCUUCGAAAAUGGCUACCUGAAGACUCCACAAGGAGCCUGGAUGGUUGCAUGCCGUACGGAUAUGGGUCAAGUCACUGGAGAAGCCUAUGACUGGUGGUUUGCUUGGCACUCUGUUGAGUCUGCUAGUUGGCGCCACCCAGAAACCUUGGAUUGUACAAACAAAUCCUACGCCGAGCGAUAUUACAACACGUUUUCUUUCAUCGACGAAUACAUCGGAAAUGACCACUCAAAAGCCACGGUCGCCUUUAUCGAGCCCGCUGACCUAGGAUUUGACAAAUCCAAAUGGGCAGCUCAAGGCAUUGAAACCAUUGUAGUAGCGAGGGUGGGACUAACAGGACAUGUUACUGAGGGGUUUGAUGGGAUCUCCCAUGUUGCUCACCAAAUUCGCCGUAAAUCAGAUGACUUGGCCAAAAUCUUGCCCAGCCUCUUCAACGAGUUCAAGGACCAAGUCUAG